CGCCCGUGCAUCGUACGGAAGGGCCAGCAGCCGGUCAAGAUGGCGGCGUACGGAGGGGGCAACAUGGCGACGGCCGUGCCGCGUACGGAGGGGCGGGACCACGACAAGAUGGCGGCGCCCGCGGGGCGGGGCGGGGCGGGGCGAGCCGAGGCGGACCGGGGCGCAGGGCGCAGGAGGAUGGAGGGCAGCGAGCGGCUCGUCCUGUCUCUGCUCCUUCCUGGCUGUAGCCCCAAGGGCUUCCCCAAACUGAAGAAUGACACAUUCCUGCGAGCGGCCCGUGGCGAGGAGACAGAGUACACGCCGGUGUGGUGCAUGCGGCAGGCAGGGCGCUACCUGCCCGAGUUUCGGGAGACCCGGGCUGCGCAGGAUUUCUUCGCCACCUGCCGGAGUCCCAAGGUGUGCUGUGAGCUGACGCUGCAGCCACUCAGACGAUUCCCCUUAGAUGCUGCUAUUAUCUUCUCCGACAUCCUGGUGGUGCCCCAGGCACUAGGCAUGGAUGUUGUCAUGGCACCUGGCAAAGGACCCACCUUCCCGGAGCCCCUGAAGGAGGUGGAGGAUCUGCUGAAACUGCGGCAGAAGGUGGAUGUGACUGCGGAGCUAGGUUACGUCUUCCAGGCCAUCACACUGACGCGGCACAGCCUGGAGGGCAAGGUGCCCCUCAUCGGCUUCUCCGGGGCACCUUGGACGCUCAUGUCCUACAUGAUUGAAGGUGGUGGCUCCACUACGAUGGCCAAGGCCAAGAGCUGGCUCUAUCGUCACCCCGAUGCAAGCCACCGACUGCUGCGGCUGCUGGCAGAUGUCAUCACUGACUACUUGGUGGGGCAGGUGGCUGCUGGAGCGCAGGCACUCCAGCUGUUUGAAUCCCACGCGGGGCACCUGGGCCCGGAGCAAUUCCAGGACUUUGCCCUGCCCUACAUCCGAGACAUUGCCCGGGAUGUGAAGAGCAAGCUGAAGGCUGAGGCGCUACCUCUAGUGCCCAUGAUUGUCUUUGCGAAGGAUGCACACUACGCGCUGGGGGACCUGGCCUGCGCUGGCUAUGAGGUGGUUGGUCUUGACUGGACUAUCCGGCCACAGGAAGCUCGUGCACAGGUAGGCAAAGACAUCACCCUGCAAGGGAACCUGGACCCCUGUGCCCUCUACUCACCUAAGGAGAAGAUUGGGGAGCUGGUGAAGAAGAUGCUGGAGGGUUUCGGAACCCAACGCUACAUCGCCAACCUGGGCCACGGCCUUUACCCUGACAUGAGCCCCGAGCACGUGGGUGCCUUCGUGGAGGCCGUGCAUGCUCACUCCCGCCACGUGAACAAGCACAGCUGAGCCCUGGGGCUCAGGGGACAGGACUGUGGCUGAAGCAUGGCCAUCCUGAGUGCUGCAUGGUUGCAGGGCUCAUUCCAGGUUGGGAUGUAGCAUUAAACCAGCACCUUCUCCGUG